AUGCAUACCACCACAAGAAACCACGCCCUCGUUCUGCUGAUCGUGCUGACCUGCGUCCCGCUCUACUCAGCCGCCAAGCGGUGCUCCGAGCCGACGUGGGAGCAGCUGCGGGACCACUUCGGCCUGGAGCCGCACCCCGAGGGGGGCUUCUUCGUGGAGACCUACCUGGCCAACGGCUCCAUCCCCGUGUCGGUCCUGCCCGACCACUUUGCCGACUCGCCCGACACCCGGCCCUACUCAACCGCCAUCUACUACCUGCUGCGGGCCGGGCCGGCCUACGACGACCGGUCGCACUUCCACAUGCUGGCCAUGGACGAGGUGUGGCACUUCUACCUGGGCGGCCAGCUGACCAUCGUGCUGCUCCACCCGGCCGAUGGCAGCGUCGAGGUGGUCAAGCUGGGCCGCAACGUGCUCCACGACGAGACUGUGCAGUUCGUGGUGCCGGCGCAGACCUGGUUCGGGGCCUUCGCCUCGGGCGGCAACUACGCCUUCAUCGGCAACACCAACGCGCCGGGCUUCGUCUACCAGGACUGGCAGCUGGGCAACAAGACCGCGCUCCUCGAGGAGUUCCCCGAUGCCGCGGAUUGGAUCGAGAUGCUCGCCCUGGCCGAGUGA